AUGCAGGCUUUGCGCCGCUGGCCCAGACUGCGUGUCACUCCUCCAUGUGGGGGCCAUUAUGCUGCAACUUUCGCGACUGCACGGUCGCCUCAUACCCAAACAAAUCGCGCAGUCAUUACCCAACUACUACAGCUUGUUGAUUCGGAACAGCAGAUCCACGCGUACCUGGAUGAACUUCAAUCAACUUCUGGCUAUCCACUGGCUGUCAUUGCGAUCGGAUCAAAUGCGCUCUCACGGCCAAACUUCGGCUCCAAUACUGGCGUACAGCUCGAGCAACUGGCCGAAAGCCUAGUUUUUCUACGCCGGGUCGGGCUUUUCCCGGUAAUUUUACAUGGCGAGUUGAACCUCGAGGCACCUUGCGCGGCAAAGUUGGGAUGUGAAACACCGGGCGGACACUCGGAAAUCAUACGUCGUAUUCGUGCGACGAACCUCCAGAUCAGCACUCUUCUCGAACAACGCGAUGUUGAGACGCGACCUCUUCCUUGCAACGUCUUCACGACGACGAAUGAGCAUGCUUGUGUGGGAUCUGAUGCUUCCAGAUCCAUCGCCAGCCUUGAGUUAAAGAGCAUCGAAUCAGCUAUCCGUGCCCAGUGCGUGCCCAUUAUCGCGACACUUGGUAUUUCUCCCAUGAAUGCUCGAUUGCACGCGUUGGACCUCAAGGAUGCCGCAAUCAACUUGACGCGUGAGCUUCGACCAUCGCGCAGUGUUUUCUUGUAUCCGGAUCAUUUGCCCGGGCCAGGUGCUGGUGAGCUUACAAUACCCAAUGCACUUGAGAAGAAGUCUGUGGUCGGCUCGACCAUUCUCUUCAAAACAGCUUCAGAACUGAGCCGCGCCAUCUUUGCGACUCCCCGAUCACCAAAAUCGCGAAGAGGGCGGCACUCCGUAGAGUCUGUAUCCUCCCUCGAAGAUUUCCCCUCGCAGCGGGCUCUUCGAACUGCACUCGAGCGUCACCCUGAUCCUACUGUGGUGAACGAUCUCGACCAAUUCCUAUCACGACUCGAAAGUGAGGAUUUCACAGCUUACUACGAUCAUGAUUUCACGGCAUCCUCGCCUGAGGAGACGAUUCGUAACUUGGCGCUUGUGUUUCCGCAAACUGCGUUCCCUUGGCACUCGUCCAAAUCUCCUGUCUCCCAUUCUAGUCCUAGUGCAUGUGAAACCGAGGGUGGUAUUGGGAAUAAGGUCACCCCAGAGCUUGCUGUGUUCGCAGUUUCCCGAGCAGACUGGCGUCACGGUGUGGCCGAGAGAUUUUGGCAUCGCAUUCGAGCAGAUCACGGCGCGCUCUGGGGGUCUUUGGGUGAGGCCGAUCCUAAUCUUUCAUGGUGGCGUGCUCGAUCCACGGGUUCUUUCAAGCGACGGCCAGAGGAUAAGAUUUUUAUGUGGCAUGGACAGGUGGCAUGA